AACUGUGCUCAUCUGGUGACAGCUGUGCGCCCUGCAGAACUUGUGUAGUGGGGUCUCCUCUGGAGAGCGGCGUGGGGAUGAGCCCCGGCGGGUACCUGAGGGGGGCAGCGGCACUUGAGGGUCCCCCGGAGAUUGUACGACCGCCAAACUAUCAAAAGACUGUCUACAUAGCCCUGACCUUUCUGGCAUUGCUGCAAGUUGGUUGUACUUUGGGGCUUUUUCUCUACGUUAAGAUGGAACCAAGAUGUAUGUGUGAGAAAGAGUGUGAUAAGGAAAGGUUAAAAUCAUGUGGAGAACUGAAAGAGGCAAUAAGUGCAGCAGUUCAAAAGGAGAUACAAGCUUUAAGUACACAGAAGCAGUAUCAUGCAGGGAAUUCAAGUACACAGAAGCAGUAUCAUGUAGGGAAUGCUUUUACAGAGGUCUCAGGUCAUCCCAGGAGCCACAAUCAUCAGACUUGGCCAGUUGCUCAUCUUACAUUUGUCAACAGUUCACAAACAGACAGCCAAAGAGUAGAGCCGAUUUAUUCCUGGAACUAUAAAGAAGGUUGGGGCCACCUACAAAAUAUGAGCUACCACAAUGGGACAUUAACAAUCUUACAAGAUGGAUACUAUUUUGUCUAUGCUAAUAUUUGCUUUAGACAUCAUAAAGCAGUAAUGAAGAUUUCCCAGAAUAACUUGCAACUCAUGCUUUACGUCAAAAAAGUGACUAAGAGUGGAGAACGAAAGACUUUACUGAAGGGAGGAAAAUCUGAAGUUUGGUCAAAUGAGUCAGUAUAUAACUUUUAUUGUGUCUACACAGGAGGUGUCUUCAAACUGGUUGCUGGGGAGGGGAUACUUAUUGAAGCCUCUAAUACAGCCUUAAUUGACCUUUCUCAAGAAGCAACUUAUUUUGGGGCCUUCAAGAUUCUUGACAUAUUCCUCUAAGACCUACUUAGUAUUCUUUUUAGCAAGUAUAAAAUGUAGCAGUGUACCUUUUUCCAAACUGUUGGUCUGCACUGUCCUGAAAUACUGGACAUAGGUCCUGAAAAGAUAAUUAUUUUAGUAGAGGUAAAUGUUAUAUUUAUAGGACAGUAAAUCUCAUGUGCCUUAUUUAUUCAUCAAAACAUUUUGAACAAUCUUCCAAAAGGGAAUUUUUCUGUAAAUAUAUUGAGGGCCUAUGUUCUGAGGAAGUUUUUUGUAAAUACUCAUUAUUCUGAGUUCAGAUAUAUAGUAAUCAUGCUGGCAUGAGAUUCUACUUUGUUGAUAUAUGUUUUUGUUACUGCUCCAAAUGUACAAAGCAUGUAACCAUUUCUUUGUUAUUGUUAAAUUGUAAAUGUUCAGGAGUCAUACAAGCCCUUUCACACAGGUUUUCCAAUCCGGACCACCUGUCAGUUUUUGAGGCAGACCUGAUCGGAAGCUCCAUGCAGCUCUAUUAGAAGGUGGAUGUAAACUGACCUACAGUUACAACCGCCUAUCUCUGAGUCUGUCCAGGUUCAGAAAAAAAUGCGGAAAAGGAUUGCAUUAUGUUCUAUUUCUGUGAACCUCAAUGUGACAGAUCAGAGAUAGGCUGAUGUAAACAGACAGCAGGGUACGUUUAAACCCAGCUUCCCAUAAAGCAAUCAUGGGUCCGCCCAUGCCCACCUGACACAAACUGAAGGGGCACAGAUGUAAAAAACUGACAUUCUGUGCUGUUUGGCUCCAAUUCAGCAGGGAACCUACUCACAGAUCCCCUGGUGAUCGGAGCAGACUGGCUCUGUGUGAAAGAGUCCUUAGAGUGCUUUAUACAAGAAUAUAUACAAAAGUUUAUAUUUUAGUUUUAAAGUUUAUUAGUUAGCAUUUUAUAUAUUAACAUUAUGGUCACAUGAAAAGCUGAGCUCUCUACUCAGAGGGUAGCUUCACUCUGAAAGUGGAGACGUAAAAAAACAAAGAAGAGCUAAACACGGGAAAUAUAAACAAACAUAAAUAAUGAUGUUUUGGUACCGUCAGGAAGUCAAGUGGCAUGGUCAUAGCUUUUCAUGGAAAUAGGACACAAUGAUGUAGGGUAGGCUAUCCAUGUUUUGCUAAUGUAUUAUUUGUUCAUCUUUGACAUUGAUUUGGAUAUGGUUUUAGAACAACCACAUUUUAAUGAUGUGUUGGUUCUCUUGUUGCAAAUUCACCCAAUCUUUUUCUGAGCACAAUUGCAUUUUGGUUUGAUUUACUUUAUGGCUAGACCAGCUUAAAUUUUAAGGUAAAGGUGGGUUAUCGUUUCCUUGCAUUCUCCUGAAGGAGCAGAUAUUGCCUAAAUCUGUCUGAGUAAAAUCGUUGAGGCCUUUUUUUUAUAAGGAAAUUCUAAUUUUGUACACCAUUUACUUGCUUGACACUUUUGUCAGCCUGUAACCAAGCCAUAUGCCACUUUUUAAAAAGGAUCAAACAAAGAUCUAACUGGCAUACUAUAUAAAUAAUGAACUUGAAUGUUUGAACAAAAGUUUUGUGUUUUACUGUAAAAAGUGCUGUAUUCAUGUCCAUGUAUGCCCAAUUAUAAAUAUGACAUAUUUUAAUAAAACGUGGCACAAACAAUUAGAAAACAGCAAAUGGCAAACUGGAAAAUUGUUAAACUGACAAAUUCUCCCAGUAAACAAAACCAUCCAACAUGCUUUCAUUAAUUGGACAAAAAAGGUAAAAGAACACAUUUUCUAAAAGUGACAUAUACAGCUUUCAACAUCUUAUAAAAAGCCCCCAGUAUAUUUCCAGGAAGAGGCAAUGAGGCUAAUAUUCGUUCCGAGAACAUGUGUGCAUAAUUAAUUUCCCCUGGCUUCGGGACUUCUUGGGCAACCUAGAUGUAAGUUUGGAUGUAGAUGGCAGAAGGUGCUAAUUCUGAAACGAAUACGGUCAAUUAAUACAAGUGUUCAACUCAUUGUUGCAUUAUUCUGACAGAUCAGGACCAACAAAACAAGAAAAUGUCUUGUGUAAGGCAAUUGAUCCUAACAAAGCAGUAAUGCGUUGGGUGGUCUUGUGCUUGCAAGCAACAGUCAUGGAAGUCUAGCUUUGUGCCUACUGUUCUAUCUAGGGUUGCCAGAUUUAUGUAAAAUAAAGGACCGUUAGUAAAAUCCACAGUUGCUCAUGGCCUUAAUGUCUGGUAACAGGAGUAGGAAACCUGUGAUUUAUUUUUCACUGCACUGAGAUUGUGUGGUGGCCUCAAUUCACACAUUGUACAGUGUGCUUGUGGUGACAUGCAGGUGGUGCGUGUAUAUGAACCAUGUCCAUCCAUGGAUUUCCCACCAUGCUAGAGAGGAGAGAGUAGGGGUCUUCACUUUGUUCAGGAGUUCCCCUAGCUCUUCCCUAGCCAGUCCAGUCAGACAACUGGCUGCAACAGAGAGAGCACUGCUGGCCAAGAGCUGAGCAAGCGGCAAACCUUGACAACCUACCUACUUUGCUUACUUGAUACUUAUUGUGUCUGCCAUACUGAUAAUUCUAUCCAAAAGCAAGUUGACUUACAUCAGCACAAAUAAUUAAACAGGAAAUAUUCACCGCAAAUGUGGUUUGAAUAUCUUUCCCCAAAAACGGCAUCUCUUUAUCACAGUCACUCAUGGGUAGCUUUUCCAGCUGAGAGUAGUCCACUUAGCUGCAUUUUCAGGAUUUGCACUUUCCCCCAGCAGUCUGUCAGUAUUAAGCAUGCAGUAUUUAAUAUUUAGCACAACAUGCUUUGUUCUCUUUGUCGUACGAGCUGACAUUUUCAGUGAACAAUUUUAACCAUUCAGCUUUGCUAGAUAAACUUUGUUAAGUAUGUGGGUGAGUUUUGACAGGAAGAGCUUUGCUCCCACUUAAUUCCUUAUAGCAAAUGUGUUUGUAGUAGAUAUGACAUUUUAAACAAUGCAGUUGGGUGCCAAGUGUACUGAAUCAAUUAAGAAAAUACUAUUUUUUAAUGUUGUAUUUCAAAGUAAUUUCUUUCAUUGGCAAUAUUACUUUUUCCAUCCAUAUUUUCAGUAAUGUUCAAAUAAUUGUUUCUAGAAAUGUAUUGCUAGUUGUACUUAUUAUCACAUACACUGCUUUUGUUUUGUUUUAAUUUUAUUCUAAAAAAUGUGUAAUGUAUGUCUAAUGCAGGGGCAUACAAUGAAACCAGGGGGCCGUGUGCAAGAUCAAAAGUGGGUCCUAAAGGCUCAGAAAGGGCAAUCCGAUGGACAGUCAGGGGUGAGGAGAGGAGGAGAAUCAGAUUUCAGCUGCUUAAUUGAAAGCCAUAUAGGGAGAUUGGUGCUUGUAACUGCCCCCACUGCCUCACCGAUCACCCCCGACUGUCAAAUUUCAUAAAGGUACCAACCAGGACUGAUCAUCCAUGGUUACAAUGUGGGUCAGAGCACAGUGCCCCCCCUCCCUCUGGGCCCUUGUGCAGUGAACACCUUGCGCCCAUGGAUGAUAUGCCACUAGUUUAGUGCAAGAAGCCUAACUUGAAGGACUAUUCCAAGGUACUCCAGCCAAGGCCUAUCUAUCUGUCUAUGUAUCUGGACCUCAGCAUUCAUUGACAUGAGGAAUCGGGGCCCUUACAAACUAUGACUUAUUUGAGCAGGCUUCUGGCAAACUUAGCUAUGAGUGUGAGGCCCACACGUUGUAUUAAGCCCUCAGUGGUUUUAGGUUUAACACAUUGAGCACAGUAAAGUAUAUAUUACUCAGUAAACUACUUGGCACCCCAGAUGUUUUGGAACUACAUUUUCCAUUAUGCUCAACUACACUGCAGAGUGCAUGAGCAUCAUGGGAAAUGUAGUUCCAAAACAUCUGGAGUGCCAAGGUUCACCAUCAUUGCUCUAAAGGAUGCAGUCACUGAAUGUCAUAUUAUGACAUGCUAAACCAACAAAAUCUUUAAAUAAAUAUGUGCAAUUAAAGCCACCAUGUUGUAUAAAUAUAUAUAUAUUUAUAUAUGCAACUAUGACCCAUAGGCGAUCAAUUUUUUUCGGUUUCUAGGCUAGGUAGCACUAAGCCAAUGCACUGGAACAAAACCAUUUGUAAAAUCCUAAUAAUUUUAACUGCUUAUUUAAUAUGAUAUUACAAAGUGAGGAUGCACAGUAAGAUUUAAAAACAUUUCCGAGUGAAUAUAUUAUUGAAAUUGAAUUUAAUUGGGUUACUUGCAUCACUUUAUUAAAAUGUAUUUAAACCCCAAAUAUAUGUUUUCACUAUAUUUGGCAUUAUGCCUCACUUUAUAUAGUUUUUCCAAGAAAAUUUCUUCUUACCUGGACAUCCUGCUAGUAACAACACUUCCUCUUGCAUGCUGACAAUUCUAAUCACUUACAGGCUUACAUCACGUUCAGGCUUCAAUAAGUGACUGAUUUAUUUUCCUAUAGGAAUAAUCUAUCUGUAGUCAACAACCUGUUCAAUAAUUAUGCCACAAAUUAGGAAGUGGAUUUCAGUUGAUAGUUAAAAUACUGUUGUGAUUUACCAUGCAAACUGAUCAAUCGAAAAUACAAUCUUAUUUGCGAACACAGUAUCUCAGUGCUGUGCUGCCAAUUUAUACAAACGAUCAAUCGUUUUCCACCCUGGCCCAUUGACUCCAUUUGAUUUAACUCAAAUCUAAAUUGGUCGUUAGGUAAUAUAUGGCAAUUCGAUUUUUUGCGCAUUUGUUCAUUUUGAUUGAAUUUCACCUCGAUUGGAUAGUAAAAUCAAAGCGUGUGUGGCUACCAUAAACCACUUUCUUGCAAUUAGCAGGAACGUUGUCCACCUGCCCUGCAUACUAGUUCUGUUGGGUCUGCAGGAGGGCAUGUGAACUGAUAGACCACCCAAUAGCAAAGCAUCACACAGUGUAGGCUGACAACACUGCUGCUAAUUGAGAGGUAUUGGCUCAGUCAUGCCAGCUUACAACAAGACGUAGUACAUACAGUACACUCUAAAUCAGCGAUCUUCAAACUGCAGCCCUCCAGCUGUUGCAGAACUACACAUCCCAUGAGGCAUUGUAAAACUCUGACUUUCACAGACAUGACUAGGCAUGAUGGGAAUUGUAGUUCCUGAACAACUGGAGGGCCAUAGUUUGAGGACCUCUGCUCUAAAUAGACCCAGAUGCAGCAAUGUUCUGUCAAGAAACCCUAGAAUCCGGCCUAAAUAUAAUAAAAACAGCAUUCCAACUUCCAUUUCUGUUUCUGUCGAUUUUAGACAUUCUUUUAUGUUCAUAGCCAAGAGUUAUGUAUUUUGCUAUAUGAAAGAUAAUAGACCUAUAAACACAUUAUGAAACCAUUUAUUUGCUAAUACAGUUACUAGAAAAAGUCUUUAUUAUAGAAUAAACUAGGUUUACAGAAUUUACUAUCAUAAUGGUAGAAUAUAUGUUCAAGUUUGUUAAUAAUCUCAGUUAAAAAUUGUAAGUGUCUUUUGUAUUUCUACAUUCCAUACACAUAUACAGUUUACAGUUUAUACAUUGGUGCAUCAUAGAAUUGUGAAUAAUCUAGGUGAUACAUAACAAACAUUUUAAUAAUUUCAAGAUAUGAAGUUUUUAUGUUAGUGCUGACAGCAAAAGCAAUAUUUAGCUACAUUUAUUUUGCUGAUAUUAGUCUUGUUCUCAAUAUAUUUUGUCAUAUACAUAUUUAAUUUAUAUGUUUAUGUGGUUUUAUGUGGUUUUAUGUUUCACUUUUGACUGUAAAUAUAUUUAACUUGUGUUCGUUGUACAUAUCAUUUUUGUAUUUGCUGUUAACUGUUCAUUAAAUUUAAUAUAUUUUGUUAACACGAGUCAGAUUCCUUGUUUUGUGAGAGUUCAUAACUUAAACAUGUACUGCAUACAUAAGCACAACAUUCCAAUACAGUAUAUGUUUUAAUUUUAUGUACAUAUGGCUAAAUUUGGAAUUAUCCUAUAUAUAAAAUCUGGUAAAUUUUCUGGGCAUCAUGAUUCCUUCUGCCAGUUCCUACAUCACUACAGGUCACAGUAGCUGUAAGAUCUGAUUUAAUUGUGUGCAUGUAACUUUAGAUUAUUUAUUAGUAAUAUGUUAAUGUAAAACUGUUGGAAUACAAUGUUCAUUUGUAUUUUAUGCAACAACUACAUCAAUAUCAGUAUUCAGUAGAGAUAAAUUAUUCA